AUGACUACGAAGUAUGAAUAUAUAAACGAAUCCUCCAUAUCACCAAACUUGAUUUGUACAAUUUGCGGUUCACCUUUUGAAGAUCCAUAUUGUUGUUCACAUGGUCACACAUUCUGUCGUGAAUGUAUCACGCGUUGGAUUUUAACGGAGAAACCAAGUUGUCCCCUAUGUCAAGAACGUUUGACCAUUAACAGUCUCAUCAAGGCGCCACAUGCUCUAUGUGGUAUACUAGACGAUCUAUUAGUGAAAUGUAAAAUUUGUGGAGAAAUUGAUUUGCACCGAGGCAAUUUCGAUGAGCACAUACAGAAACGAUGUCCUAAAACAGUCAUAAGUUGUUCAGCAGCAGAUCUGCAAUGUCCUUGGACCGGACAACGUGCCCAUUUUGAUCGACACCUGCGUGGUUGUCAUUAUGAGCCAAUGAGAGCAACGUUAAGCCAACUUCUAAGCGAAAAUAAGACAAUGAAAGAUCGAAUUCAACAAAUGACGAUUAGGUUAACUGAACAACAAAAUGAAAUUGGUCUACUUAACGAAUAUGCAAAUCAAAGGAGGAAUCAAAUUCAGGGACAACAGAAUAGCAUUACACAUCUAAAUGAACAAAUAAAACAAGAGAGAAUAAAAUUAGAUGAACAACGACAGCAAAACCAACAGCUUAUCAAACAAACAGAAGAAGUCAAUAAAUACAAAAACGAGAAUCAAAUACUUACUCGAAAAUUAGCACAGGCAAAUGAUCGAAUAAGUAGUCUUAUAGAAGAAUCAAAAAAUAACAAAGUCAGAAUGGUGAAAUUAAAAGAAGAUCAUGGUGGAUUAACAUACAUUGUCGGUGCUCGUCACGGUCAAGUGAAUACCGUUGCUCUUCUUGUUCUUGGAAUUAUUGCUCUUGUAAUUGCAUUGGCUCUGAGUGUGCGUAUCAUGUUAAUGUGUGGAAGAGAUCGUAACAACAAUAACGCGUCUUGA